GUUUGUUUUUCCUUUUGGCAUACAGCGCAGUAUUUUGUGUCACAUGAACAGGAACUACCGUGUCAUUUAACAGGAAGACUUCAGUGCUUCAGUGAUUUUUGCUGAAACUAUCGCAGAGCUACACGUGUUUCAUUACUUGCUAAGAUGAUCACAUACAGUGUGAUAAUAUUUUUUGUAGCCUGGGUCACUCUCACUGUGGAGACAGACUCCAGCCCUGCAGAGUCUCCCGUUUAUAGAUUAAAGGGAGCGUCUGUUCAUCUCACAGUGGAGGGUCUUCAACAUCCACAGAUCAGAAGAAUUACAUGGCGACUCAACUCUACAGCAAUGCUGGAACACACACUGGAUACAAAUCAUACAUAUUACUACCCAGAGUAUAAAAAGAAGGUGCAGUUUGACAGUAGUGACUUCUCUCUGCUCAUUAAGAACGUAAAUGAGACAGACCAGGGCACCUAUACUGCUGUAAUAACUGAAACAGGUGGGGCUGAUUCUGAAAAAGCCAAGUACCGUUUGCAUGUCCAGGAAGCCGUUGCCAAACCCUUUAUACAGAUGAAUAAUUUGACAUUAGACUCUGCUGAAGGAUUCUGCACUGUGUCAGUGAACUGCUCUGUGAGGGACAGCUGGGUCUAUUACACCUGUGACCAAACCCAGUGCUCACAGACAGAGCCCCAGUCCUGGCCAGAUGUGAACAUCACUGUCACUGUUUAUCAUGGAAACAUCAUCUGCACAGGCAGCAACCGGGUCAGCAACAAGACCCAGUCAGAACCACUGGGACAUGCAUGUAUGAAGUCUGAUGGCAUUAUUGUGCCUCCAUCAUUAUGGUACAUUGUGCUGAUACUCGGCAUUGUCUGCCUCUGCCUUGUUUGCAUUGGUUUCAUCUGUUUUAAAAUGCGCCGUAAAAGGCAUCCAAGAAAUUCAGAGGGGGAGCUGAGUCCGGAUGGAGUAAACGCUACAUACAUGGUGCCACGGGCCGCAAACAGAGCAUUUUCCCCAAAUACCCCCCAGGAUAACACUGUGUACUGCACUGUGGGACACCCAAAGGACCUGCCCCCAGGACCACCCCCACCAGCUCACUGUGAUGACACAAGUAUUUACAGUCAGGCCCCCAGUCAUCCCAACCACAAAGUGGUUUCACUCCGGGCAUCAGGGAAACGAGGAAAUAACAUGCUGGAUCAUGUAUACUGUAACAAUGCAAAUGCUUACAAAGGAGCCAUGAUCAGACUACAGGGCUGUUUCGAUGACACAGACUGGGUUUUGUUCAAACUGGAAUCCACACAGGACAGCCACACCGACCUAAAUGAAUAUGUAUCCUCAGUUGUGUCCUACAUAAACUUCUGCAUGGACACUGUUACCACCUUCAACGUCAUACACACUUUCCCCAACUGCAAACCAUGGAUGAACAGAGAAGUUCAAAAGUUGCUGAAGUCACGUGAUGAGGCUUUCCGCACCGCCGACCGAGAAUUUAACUCAACAGCCAGGUCCAACCUGAGGAGAGGCAUCAGAGAGGCAAAGCGCUCCUACAAAGACAAAAUUGAGGAGCACUUCAACACCUCUGACCCCCGGCGCAUGCGACAGGGAAUCUGGUACAUUACCGAUUACAAGAGCAGCAACACCUGCCCAACCAGCACACUGACCUCAUCCCUCCCCGACAACCUGAAUCAGUUCUUCACACGGUUUGACAUGGUCACCAACCACCAUCAUACCAAGCCGACAGUGCAGGAGCCCCCCCUAAAUACCCUGGUGUUCAGCCCACAAGAGGUCAGAAGAUCCCUCAGGCACAUCAACCCCAACAAAGCAGCCAGACCUGAUGGUGUCCCUGGACGAGUGCUGAAACACUGUGCAAGUCAGCUGUCUGCAGUCCUCACCUGCCUGUUCAACAUCUCCCUGAAACAAGCCACCAUCAUCCCCAUCCCUUAA